UGCCUCAGAUCAUUCUGGUUAUGAAUUAAAAUCAGAAAUAAAACCUUACCUGGAAGCCCUAGGUUACAGAGUGGUAGAUCAAGGCUGCACUGCUCAGCAAAAGUGCGUGGAUUAUCCAGACUAUGCUGUUAAAGUUGUAGAAGAUAUAACAAGCAAAAAAGCAAAUUAUGGGAUAUUAAUUUGUGGUACAGGUUUGGGCAUGAGUACUGUGGCAAAUCGUUUUGAAGGAAUCUACGCUGCUUUAUGUAACAGUGUUGAGAUCGCAAAAUUAGCUCGCGAGCAUGGCAACGCAAAUGUACUGUGUCUUGGUGCAGGGUUUACUGCGAGUGGAUUAGCAAAAGACAUAGUCAAACAAUUCCUCGAAACAGAAUUUUCAAAAGAAAGCAGACAUAAAAAACGCCUUGAUAAACUCAGCAAUAUAACCUCUAAGAAAAAAAAAACAAAAACUUAUAACGAAGAUGAAAUAUCAAAAUUCGCUAAAAUGGCAGGCCAGUGGUGGGAUGAGAACGGCAAAUUCAAACCAUUGCACAUAAUGAAUCCUGUUAGAGUAUCUUACAUUAUUGAGAAAAUAAAAGAGUUAAAAAAAUGCAAUUUGAAAGAAUUAUCAUUGCUUGAUGUUGGAUGCGGUGGUGGCAUUUUGUCAGAGUCAAUGGCACGCGUUGGCAUUAACGUUGUGGGAAUAGAUGUAUGUGAAGAAAACAUAAAAGUAGCGCAUUCACAUGCAAAAAAAGUAGGGUUAAAUAUAGAAUAUAUACACACCAGCAUUGAAGAGCUAAGCAAUGACAAGAAGUACGACGUGGUUCUGUUGAUGGAAGUAGUUGAACAUGUGGAUAAUUUAGAGCUUUUCAUGAAAAAAGCGAUAGAACUGCUAAAACCGAAUGGGCUGAUAUUUAUAUCCACAAUAAAUAGAACUAUCAAAUCCUUCUGCCUUGCAAUAAUUGGUGCAGAGUACAUAUUAAAUUGGCUGCCAAAAGGUACACAUAACUGGAAUAAAUUUCUCAAGCCGUCAGAAAUUGCAAAUCACUUAAGAGAAAAUAAUGUAACGCUGCAAAACAUGGCUGGUAUGGAGUACAACGUAAUAAAGCGUGAGUGGAAUCUAACUAAAGGAGUAGAUGUUAAUUAUAUACUUUGUGGUUUGUUAGAUUUAACUCUAUAAAAGCACCAUUUUCACUUCCAAUACUUUGAAGGAUCUUGGCCAGCUUUUAUACAGUAGCCUUUAUUAGUUAGCGCCCAACCGGAACGACAAGCAUAACCUGUACCUACACGUUCAUAUCCAGGAGCAGCAACACACUUUCCAUUCUCCAAGGUUUGACUUUAAAAAGACAACAAACUUCUUUUUCUGUUACCUUUGUUACAAUUUGAGGAGCACCAAAAAACACAGCAACAAACAUACCCAGUGCGAAAAGUGCAGGCCAAGGCAUUCUGCCAAA